AUGGCGGCCCUCGUACAAGGUUAUCCCCAACAAUCGGGAACAGCGACGAUGCUCCAGACGCGGCCAUCAUCAGCGUCUGGCAUGCUGCAAACGGUACCAGUCCAGUCGAGUGGGUCAUAUACGUCGGGUUCCUCCCAGAGAAACAGCAUUCACGCGGUCACUGCUCCUGUAGUGUAUCGUGGCAGCUCAGCCCCUGUCCAACCCUAUGCUUUCACGAGCACCCCGAGCCUUAAUAUGUCGACGCAGGGGCAGCAAACUAGAUCGCAUCGAACGUCGUCUUCGCCCGCGGUGCCUACCAUUCAGACCCUUGAUUACCUACAGUCUACAGCUGUGCGCUCCAAAUACUCGGCCAGUGUGUCCAUGACGAAUCUGCCCAGCACUGGCACUGUUGGUCAGCAGACCAGUGCAAGCACCCGGGACGAUUUCGCACUCUCUGGCGCCAGAAGAGUUACGUCCGCGCCCCGGCCGUCACAGCCGAAUGGGACAGUUUUGCCGCCCUCUGCCUCAACAGGUCCUGUUCGUGGGCAGCCAGAGCGAUAUAGACGCUCCGCCCUGCGAUCUUCGGAUCCACAAGGCGUAAUAUCUGCUUCAGUCACGACAGCCGGUGUGAACGCGAGCAAUGCCAGGAACGUACCACACCACAGCGCUACUCACCAACUACGGUUCUUAAAUGCCCCGCCCCUUAAUAGACCAAAUAGCUUUGUAGGGACAUUUUCUAGGUCAGCGAUUGAUGAUAUGGCGCUUCCCCGCAGUCAGUCUUCAGAAGAGAUAAAGAGGACUCGCAGGCGGAGUAUGCCCGCAUUGGAUUCUGCCGGUUUUCUGACCCCGCCCCAACUUAAGCAACCGGAAGAAUCGAUCCGCCCGAAGAGCACCGAUAAGGAUGACAAACCUGCCAAAACCGGGGAUCCGUUGUCUGUUGGCAAGACCAACAAUGACAACCGAGUUGGAAGUUCAGACAGCCGCUCUUCUGGCCGCAGCUCCAGGUCAUCCUCUGUAAGUAAUCCAACUUCCGCCAACCGCAACACGAAUUCCUCUCCUCCCACCGGCAACUCCACCUUACCGACUCCCGCUCCUGACCAGGCCGGUGCUGGCCCGAACUAUCCCCGGUUGGUUAAUAUACCUCCGCGAAGCUCGUCAUCGGAUGCAGCGAGCGCUAAGCGAACCGCGACCCCGUCUCCUCUUUCCAAGCCGGUGACGAUGGAUACAGAGGAAGAAAGUGGUUCCGCCGACGCCGCGGAUUCGGCCAUCCGGGAGCCCGAGAAAUCGUCUACGCCUCGAGUCGAGAGCCCCGCUGUGAAGCAACUGACGGCGAUCAACGAGAAAGGAGGGAGGGCAAAGAGCAAAACAUCGCGACUUCGGCGGGCGUUCUCUUUUGGCAGUGCUGCUGAAUUCAGGAAAGCCGUACAUGAAAGCGACGUGGCAGACAGUCAUACAGGCAAACUUCACAAGGAGCGGAACCCUGAAGACGCAUUCGAUGCCGAACAAGCACGUAUUGCCCAGCAGCAAGAGGAGGCAGGCAUCGGCAGCAGCAUCUAUGCUGGGAACAAGCUUUUUUCGGGCUCAACAGACAACCUCUCUAUCUCAUCCACGGCAUCGUCGGCUUCGAUUAUGAUUCGCAAGAUGGGCCGCGGCAUGAAGAAGGGCACUCGAUCUCUGGUCGGGCUGUUCCGGCCAAAGUCUAUGUUAGGCGCAACAGUUACAGAUGCGAAGCAGCCUGCGGAGACGCAAGCUGCUGUAUCCAUGGUCACUGCCGAGGCUGAGCGAGAACGAGUCAAUGUUAACCCCGAUCCUCACCCACAGGGGGGUGGCACAGGAUUUCCCCGGUUGGAGAGGAACUCAAUCGACGCGGUCAAGGACUCCAGCGGUGAGACGGAGCGGCUUGGCAGUUCGGGAACCGACAGCACCGCCGCCAGGAAGAGCAUUGUUGGAGGCGAAAAAGAGCGGGCUGAGGUGCUGGCUGCCGUUCGAAAGGGAAUCCUCAAAAAUCGUAGCAAUUCCUCAAGCCCGUCGCCGCGGCCCUCGGACAGCAAGGGGUCCGCUUUUGACCUGCCGAGCGUACCAGCCGUGACAGAUUCACCCAGUUCUAGUGCGCCUAGCACGCCGAAUGAGGAGUCUCAGGGACAUAGGCGAGCUGGGACAGUGGCGAUUGGCAGCGAAGACUACUUUGUCUCAGCUCUCCGACUCCGUCAGGAUACAAAGAGCGCACCUGGGACUCCCCGAGGAAGCAUGAAGCGCAACGCAACCUUCAGUCCGCGCAUCGUCUUCUUUGAGACGUGGCCGAGCCAGGAAUAUGACCGUCGAGGCGAUAUUGCUACGUGCAACCGAUUGACACCGAUGCUGGCUCAGCAAAUCAAAGAAGAGCUAAAUAGCUUCAAGAUGGAGAUGGAGGUUCACGAGAACUCGAAGAUUUAUACACACUUCUUUUGA